AUGGCUUCGUCUAAGUUUCUUCCUCACGAGGGCAAGCAUCGCAAAAUUCGAGUCGCCAUCAUUGGCGCAGGAAUCUCUGGACUUGCCGUCGCCAACGGCUUGCUGAAAGAUCCAGCUGGGAGAUUCGAUGUCCAGGUCUUCGAACGCGACACAAUUGCAUUCAACUCAGAGCGUGGCGGGUAUCAGCUCCGCAUCAGCGCCAAUAGCCUUAACGCUCUGAAGACAGUCUCCGACCUUGAGCUCUGGUCAUUGAUCCGCGAGGUUUGGGCUGGUGAUCAGGCGGAAGCGCCUACCAUUGUUGAUCCCGAUACUUUCGCAGUUCGUCUUCGCCUCGGCGAUCUCAAAUUGUAUCCCAAGAGUCGAGCCAUAAGUCGACCUACCCCCUUUUGGCCACCCCCCCCUUUUGGCCACCCUAUUAAAACAUGGUAUUAA